UCUUUUGAACCACCACCUCAAAUUAGGAGGGUGCCCUGCUAGAGCUUGGUUGACCUUCGUCUCAGACCUUCCCAAGGGUGAUUCAGCAGGAGCCUGGGCUCCACGAUUAUAACCCCUUAAGCGAGCAUUUCACCCGGACAACAUAUAACUCUUUCUCGUCGUAUUUAAAUACGUUGCCUUCCGUUUACGGCAUGAUUACGGGGAAGUAGCUCAACACUUGUCCUACGCAUGCUCAAUAACCAUAAUAGCAACAUUCUUGUUGGCAUUAAUCACUGUCACGUGACCACUCACUAUAAUUUUGAUCGCGGUUUUACCGCAGCUGCAGGGGAAAGAUCGUGAAAAUAGGCUUGAAAUAUUGAGAUCUUUUUCAUUAUUUGUGAUUUCCUCGAUACCUGUCUACUCUAACUUGAAGAGGAACUGAUUUACUGCUGAGAAAAUUUAUAAACUGUACAUAUCAUUGCGGUCCUUAUGAUGCCUGUACGCAAAGAAGAUGCUGAACGGGCGUUACAUCUCCUCGAAGGCUAUCACGCCAAGUUAACAAAGCCACAAGAUCAGGCAUUGAGGAGUGCCAUUGAACGAGUUAUUCGAAUAUUUCAAAGCAAUCUAUUCCAUUCUUUACUUGACAUACAAGAGUAUUAUGAAACAUUGUUAGCGCUUGUUGACGAGGCAAAACCAUUAGAUGAGAUUGAAAUGGAGAGUCGUGAGGUAGCUAAGAAAUGGGAAAAUGCUCCCUCAAGUUACAAUGGCGUACAGGAUCAUUCUGAUAACGUUAGCAAACCACCACCUAUUAUAUCCAUAACAACAGAAGAAAGUUUUCCAGAACCAGCUAUUCAAACACCAACUAGAAGAGACAGUGAUGAGCUUAUCGUUGGAGGAGAAUUUGAAUAUGAAGAAAUUGUCUUGGAAAGAGGAACUACAGGCUUAGGUUUUAGCAUUGCUGGUGGGACAGAUAAUCCUCAUUAUGCCAAUGAUCCAGGAAUUUUCAUUACAAAAAUUAUUGCUGAGGGAGCUGCUUCACAUGAUGGAAGAUUGAAAGUAAAGGAUUGCAUUCUAUCAGUUAACAGUACAAGCACUGUUAAUGUCCCUCAUCAAGUUGCAGUGGAUGCAUUAAAAGCCAGCUCAGGUGUGAUCACACUACGUGUAAAAAGACCACAAGGACAGGCUGUUUCCCAAUCUGUCAAACAUCUUGAAAUAACAUUAUCCAAAGGCACUAAAGGACUGGGUUUUAGUAUAGCAGGAGGAGUUGGUAAUCAACAUAUCCCUGGAGAUAAUGGAAUAUUUAUUACAAAGAUUAUCGAAGGUGGUGCCGCAGAGCAUGAUGGAAGGUUGCAAGUUGGAGAUAAAAUAUUAAGUGUGAAUAGCGCAUCACUAGACAACGUUACACAUGAACAAGCUGUUGGAAUAUUGAAGUCAUCUAGUGAUACAGUUGUUUUGCUGGUGUAUAGAGAUAGUUCUUCCUUUGUUUAUGAAGGAACGUUGCCGCCACAUUCGCCAGUGGACGAGACAGGUGGAGAAGAUGGAAGUUUAUCUCAGUUAUCUGAUCCGCCCAACGUACCUCCUGCGUAUGAAGAUGCUGUUAAAGACGCAGAACCUAUUCAGGAAUCUUCCUCAGAAAAGAGUCCAUCAUUGAAUGGUGUGUGUGAAUCACCAUCACCAACACCUGUUGUGAUCGUUGAUGAAGAAGAACUUUCAAGGGAACCAAGAACGGUUAUAUUGAGUAAAGGUCCGUCAGGACUUGGUUUCAAUAUAGUUGGAGGUGAAGACUGCGAAGGAAUCUUUAUUUCUUUCAUUUUGGCUGGAGGUGUUGCGGAUUUAAGUGGAGAGUUAAGACGUGGUGAUCAAAUUCUAUCGGUUAACAGCACAGACUUGACAAACGCGACCCACGAACAAGCCGCUCUUGCAUUGAAAGGAUCAGGAAAUACUGUCACUAUUGUUGCUCAAUAUAAGCCUGAAGAAUACAACAAAUUUGAAGCAAAGAUUCAUGACCUGAGAGAGAAACUAAUGAACACUACAAAUAGUACAGGGUCGCUCAAAACUUCUACAAAAAGACAGUUGUAUGUCAGGGCGCUGUUUGACUACGACAAGUCUAAAGACAGCGGUUUACCAAGUCAAGGAUUAAGCUUUAAUUAUGGUGAUAUACUUCAUGUAACUAAUGCCAGUGAUGACGAGUGGUGGCAAGCAAGGAGGCUGGGACCUGAUGGCGAGGAAGAAUCUAGAGGAGUGGUACCAAGCAAGAAAAGAGUGGAAAGAAGGGAACGAGCCAGGAUGAAAUCGGUGAAAUUUAAGAGAGAACAAGGAAAUAGUCUUCAGGGUUCGUUUAGAGAUGGGAAAAAGCCGCGUAGUUUUAACUUGAAAAAAUUAUCUUUCCUAAGUAAAAAAGAAUCGGAAAAUGAAACGAGCGAUAUUGAUCCAAGUUGCACUUCCAAUGCCAGUGAUAGUGAAAGUAAUUACAGUGUUCGUGAGGAGUCUAUCAUGUCUUAUGAACCUGUGGUACAACAUGAAUUGGAAUACGCCAGGCCCGUCAUUGUUUUAGGACCUCUCAAAGAUAGAAUUAAUGAUGAUCUUAUCUCAGAAUUUCCAGAUAAAUUCGGAAGCUGUGUUCCUCAUACUACUCGCUCUCGACGCGAAUAUGAAGUUGAUGGUCGGGAUUAUCAUUUUGUCAGUUCACGAGAGGAAAUGGAACGGGCAAUUCAAGAUCAUCAUUUUAUUGAAGCUGGACAAUAUAAUGACAAUCUUUAUGGUACCAGUGUCUCGUCAGUCAGAGAGGUUGCAGAAAAGAGCAAACAUUGUAUUCUGGAUGUAAGUGGUUAUGCUAUUAAAAGACUACAAGUGGCUGAACUUUAUCCAAUUGCGAUAUUCUUAAAACCAAAAUCUGUGGAAACAUUGAGAGAUAUAAACAAGCGAAUCACAGAAGAACAAGCGUUGAAGACAUACGACAGAGCGCAGAAACUAGAACAAGAGUUUGCGGAGUAUUUUACAGCAUUGGUAUCAGGAGACACAUAUAAUGAAAUAUACAAUCAAGUGAAAGAAAUCAUUCGACAGCAAUCUGGUCCAGUUAUAUGGAUCCCAUCAAAUGAGAAAUUAUAGAUCAGGGAGCUAUGUGACAUUGCUGGUAAUUUUGUUUCCCGCUGAUAUAUAUCGCUGGAUACGAUAUAGUUAUUGUUAGGGCGUCUAAUCGAAAUACACCUAGUUGUCAAAUAUCUUAUUUUUUUAUAACAAUCGAGGUAAUUUAGUAGGAAUAGUUUUCAUGAAUGAUUGGUUGCUAUAGCAGGUUUAGGUUUUAGCAGUAUAAAUAUCGAAUUUUAAAAUGUGAAUAAAUUUGCGAUCAAUCUUGGUUUUCUAAACAAUACUUGGAUUUAGCAUUUUCGAUCGAUAUACAUGUGCUUAAAAUUGUAUCGCUCGUGAAGUUGCAAGUGGCAUCAAGUAUGGUGAAUCCAUGUAAACGUAAACGAAGAAUAGGCUGAAUUUUUUUCUUAAUUGUUCUUUAUCUUUAUGUACAAGAAUGAUGACAAAUGGUUAGAAGAGAUUUUAUUCUCUUCCCUAUUUUUAAGUAUUUACUAGUCCCCUUCGUACCGCAUUACCUUAUAUCAUAUUUCGACUUGUGAUAAUAAAAAGUGUGUAAUUUUG